UGCACUGAACUGGGAGUGACUGGGAGCCCCCUCAGGGAGCUGCACAUGGUGGACACGGUCACCUGGCACAAGAUGCGAGGGGCGCAGAUGGUGGUGGCCAUGAAGGCCGUGUCGCUGGGCUUUGACCUGGACCGCGGCCCCGCGGGUGCCGAGCCCAGCCCUGCGCAGGUGCUGGGCUACCUGUGCUCGCCCGGCUCCGUGGUGUUCGGGCCCUGGGAGCCCUUCAGCACCUACCUGCGGGCCGUGGAGGGGCCGCCCCUGAGCCUGGCCUGGCUGAGGAAGGCUCUGUGCAGCCUGGCUCUGGCGCUGCUGUGUUUGCUGGUCAGCACCUGCCUGGCGCCGUUCCUCUUCUCCAGCCUGCUGCCGCUCUACGGGGCGCAGGCCCUGCGCAGGUGGCUCCGUGCCUACGAGAGCGCGCUCUCCUUCCACUUCAGCAAUUACUUCGUGGCCUUCCUGUCUGAGGCCACGGCCACACUGGCGGGGUCCGGCACGUCCCUGCAACACGACCACCUGCACUGGGACCUGGCCGUGUCCCGGCCCAUGCGGGUGGAGCUGCCGCGCUCCAUGGCUGAGGUGGUGACAAACUGGAACCUGCCCAUGUCCCGCUGGCUGCACACCUAUGUGUUCCAGACCGCCCGGCGCUUGGGCACCUUCGCUGCCGUGCUGGGCACCUAUGCGGCCAGCGCCCUGCUGCACGGCCUCAGUUUCCACCUGGCUGCUGUGCUGCUGUCCCUGGGCCUCAUCACCUACGCUGAGCAUGCCCUCAGGCAGCGUUUGGCUGCCAUCUUUGACGCCUGUGUCCUGUCCAAGCGCUGCCCCCCCCACUGCAGCCACCGCAACAAGAACACGCUGUGGGUGCGGGCUCUGAACGGGGCCCUGGGCGCCCUGGCCCUGUUCCACCUGUCCUACCUGGGUGCCCUGUUCGACGUGGAGGCCGAGGACACCGUGGAGGAGCAGGGCUACGGGAUGGCCUACACGGUGCGCAAGUGGUCGGAGCUGAACUGGGCCAGUCACUGGGUGACACUGGGCUGCUGGGUGCUGGCCCGGCUGCUGCGCUGAGGCUCUGGCAGGGCACUGGGAGCGACCGGGGAGGAACAGCGAGCACUGGGAGGAACUGGGGGCAAGUGGGAGAACCGGGCGCCACAGAGAGCGCGGCCGCUUCACGUCACGGGGGGCCGCUCCGCGCCGCCGGAAGCGCCUCUCGAUGAUCCAAACUUCCGCUUCUUGGUGUUUCCCGCCCUUUCCUGGGCGGAAGUGCCGCGCGACCGGUCUGGGCCGAAUAAAGCCUCGCCUCGAUG